GUAUCAUGCUCCCGAUCCCUGAUCCAUUUAGGUUUUAUAACUCUGUACUGUGGAUCCAUAUCACACUUCCGCGUCCAAUGUAGAUGCUUCUUGAGACACAUUCUCUUCCGUUUGACGCGUAGUACGUAUAAUUGCCCGUAUCGAUGCAUACUUGCUAUGAAGGAGAAGGGUCUGCGGAACGAGAAUUAUACUACACUAUAUGGUCACAGUGUUAACACUCUUAAUAUAUGCAUCUUUCAUUUUAACUCCUUCGCAAUGGAAUCUGUCUUCGAGUUCGACUUCGAGAUUAAUUAAUGACAUCUAACUUUAGGCCUAGGCCUAACGUAAAUUGGAAAAUCAUCGGCAUUCAGACACAAGCUUGACCAACAUCACCUCUCAGACUACCUUAUUUUGUAAAGAAUUGUGUGAGCAAGUAUUUGGUUAGAAUGACGUGAUUGUUAUUUUUUUUUCUUUUCACGAUCGACCCUGCCCUGGUAAUAAUUUGACGUUAACGUGAGCGAGCUGAGAAACUGAACUGGAUUCGAAUUCUGCGAGACAGUAUCGAUAUUGCAGUGAUUUUUGCCUGAAAAGAUGGUGUUAACACACCGUCUGCGGAAGGCACUUGUUGGGGGUGCUCUCCUUGGAGCUGGAGCGCUUACAGCCGGUUAUAUAGUAUCAAAGAACAAUGAAAAGAAAUUAGCUCAGAGUCGACAAGCUCAGGUUGUGGCAGCUGAGCUCCGAAAUGUGCAUUAUAUCUCCUCUCUACCAACCAGAGAUCAGCAAAUCCAAUCCCUUCAGCACACACAUGAAUAUGAUGUUUUGGUGAUAGGGGGUGGAGCGACCGGUUGUGGGGUUGCACUUGAUGCAGUUAGCAGAGGUCUGAAGACAGCUCUGGUAGAGAAGUAUGAUUUUUCUAGUGGUACAAGCAGUCGAAGCACCAAGCUGAUCCAUGGAGGUGUACGCUACCUUCAGAAAGCUAUUCUUGGUCUAGAUUAUGACCAGUACAAAUUAGUGAAGGAGGCCUUACAUGAGAGAGCAAACCUACUGGAUAUUGCCCCACAUCUAGCUUAUCCUCUCCCAAUUAUGCUUCCUGUUUACAAACUGUGGCAGCUACCGUACUACUGGGCUGGUAUCAAGGCAUAUGAUCUUGUUGCUGGAAGACAAAACUUGAGGGCUAGCUACUUCCUCUCCAAGGAAAGAGCAUUAGAGAGGUUUCCCAUGCUGAAACGAGACAAAUUAGUCGGUGCUAUUGUAUAUUAUGAUGGUCAGCACAAUGAUUCUAGAAUGAAUAUAGCUUUAGCAUUAACAGCAGCCAGGAUGGGGGCUACAUUGGCUAACCAUACAGAGGUCCUUGAUCUUAUCAAGUUUGAAAAUGAUGUAGGAGAGGAGGAGGUUAGAGGGGCAAGACUAAGGGAUAGAAUCUCAGGUAAAGAAUAUAGUGUCCUGGCCAAGUGUGUGGUCAAUGCUACAGGACCGUUUACAGACAGCAUUAGACAGAUGGCAGUUCCAGAAAGCAAGCAGAUUUGUCAGCCAAGCUCGGGAGUUCAUAUAGUACUACCAGAUUAUUACAGUCCUGAAGCCAUGGGUCUGUUGGACCCCUCUACCAGCGAUGGGCGUGUUAUUUUCUUUCUUCCCUGGGAGAAAUUUACCCUUGCCGGGACAACAGAUAGACCUUGUGAAGUGACCCAUAAUCCCUCACCGUCAGAAGCAGAUAUCCAAUUCAUCUUGAAAGAAAUCAAAGACUACCUCAGUAAAGAUGUCACAGUAAGAAGAGGAGAUGUGAUGGCAGCAUGGAGUGGGAUCAGACCUUUAGUGACGGACCCCAACUCUAAGAACACUGAAUCUAUCUCAAGGAAUCACGUCAUCGACGUCUCUCAUAACAAACUCAUCACAAUUGCAGGUGGUAAAUGGACGACAUACCGUAGCAUGGCGGUGGAUGCUGUUGAUGCUGCGGUGGAGGCAUGUGGUCUAGAACCAAGGCAUAAUUCACUGACCGAUGGUUUGCUGUUAGAGGGCGCCCACGGCUGGACACCGACCAUGUUCAUCAGGCUCAUUCAAGAUUUUGGUCUUGAAAAUGAGGUUGCCCAGCAUUUGUCUAAUACCUAUGGAGACAAGGCUGUAGAGGUAGCCCGAAUGGCUAGCUUGACGGGCAAGAGAUGGCCCGUUGUAGGAAGGAGACUGGUCGAAGAUUUCCCUUACAUUGAAGCAGAGGUGGUAUAUGCAGUGAAGGAAUAUGCCUGUACAGCAGUGGAUGUGUUGGCUAGGAGAACCCGUCUUGCCUUUCUCAAUGUUCAAGCAGCUGAAGAAGCCCUACCAAGGAUCGUUGAGAUCAUGGCCAAACAACUAGGAUGGAAUAAGACUAGACAAGAGCUGGAGCUUGCCAAUGGACGGAAAUUUCUGAAUGAGGAGAUGGGGUACAAUUGUCGAGCUGAGCUCAUGACUGUACCUAUCAACUUCACAGAGGGAGAGAAGGAGAAAUACACCAAGCGUUUCCAGAUGUUGGACAAGGAGAAGAAAGGAUACAUUACUCCUAAUGACAUGAGACAAUUCUUAAAGAGUGUUGGAGAUGAUUUGACUGAAGAUCAACUACGCAGUAUGAUGAAUGAAGUGGAUUGCAAUAAGAAUGGCAGGGUGGAACUCACCGAGUUUCUACAGCUCAUGAGUGCAAUAAGGACUGGAGCAAUGGCCAACAUUCGCCUCGAGCUGGCGCUCAACAAGUGGGAGCGUAAACUGAUACCAACCUACAGGAGUGGAGCAGAAGACGAGACAUAGCAAGGUUCCCGCAUGAGGAGGACCAUGAUAUUAUAGCAUAGAGGCUACAUCCUGCAUUAUCGGUAUAAUGAUCACAGGCAGCAUUGCAUCAUGGGAAAUCUGCAGAUACCUGUAUGGUUACAAAAUAUGAUGGUCAUGCACGAUAUUGAAUUCCUGUAGAGACACUGUCAAAUGGAAUGCAUAGUGGGUUCACUAACUAUAUUCAUUAAAAUCUGGGAUUUGUUUCUGUACACUCAUGUGUUCUAACUUGUGGGAGUAGUCCUACGGCAGAUAGUCAUCCUGAAAAAGAAAUGUUUCGUUGACCAGUGAAAGCAGAAAGCAACAUGAAAGUGAUGAUUUGAGCUUCCAUCUCCCAUCUCCACCCCCCCCCCCCCCCCCAUACACACAUGCACAAACACCCUAACACAUAUCCAUUAGCAGAUGGCCUGGCAGAAAGUUUCGAAGAGAGAGCAAGAGCGCGAGCAAGAGUAUAGAUGGAAGUCAAGUAUCACUGCUCUCUAGUUGUAAAGUUUGGCCACUUCAUGGGGGUGGGAGUGGGGUGGCUCCAGAAAGACUGAAAUAUCAAAUAGAAAAUUUCAGUGAUGGAUUCGUUCAUUUUUGGACUAUUUGCUGAAUGUGUUCCUCAUCUACGUAUCUGUAUUCAUUCAUCUAUCUUACAUUUCCAUUUUCUUUCUGCAGUAUAGGCAGGUUUUCAUCAUCUAUCUAUUAAAUGCUCUUCUUGCAAAUAAUUCAUCACAAACAUGUAUCUUUCCAAUUCCUAUCAUUCAUUUUUUUUCUUCCUCCCUUCUAUCUUCCUCCGCUAUCCCCCCCACCCCCCUCUCUAUUAAUCAGAACAAAGCAUGAAUUGGGCAUGCUGUGACAAAAGUAUACGUAGUUGUUAAUAGAUGCACUUUUUUAAAUAUAUGCACUAGUGAACUAAGCAUGAAAAUACAUGAAAUCUACCUGGAGAGGUUUUCAGAACACUGGAUUCAAUCAAACCUACCCUUGUUGAUUCAGGGGGCCGUUUCAUAAAGCUGUAAGUUACCAGUGACUUUAAGAAUGACUGGUGAUCCUUUCUUGUAAACGAUAUUCGCCAUUAAAUGGUCAUUGGUGACUAUUCAGCAGGUAAGAAAGGUUAACAUUCACACUCUAAAAGUCACUCUUAACUUAUGAACAGCUUUAUAAAACACCCACCAGGUAGUUACAUAAUCUGAUUGGAACAAUGAACUCGGUUACAUAUAAAUGUAAGUUUUUACUUGGGCAAACUUGACUAAAUGCAGUGACAGAUCCAUAAGAAAUUAGAGGCGGCACAAAGAAAAUAAAAACAUAUGGGGUGCUAAUGAUAACUUUCAUAGAUUAAGCUAUAUAAUAAUAAUAAUAAUAGUUAUUUGUAUAGCGCCAUCUAUCUAGAAACAGUCUAUUCCGAGGCGCAUUGUUGUUAUCAUAAUUACCCCGCCUUUAGCUCGAGCUACCUUUCAGCUCUCGUGCAUUGAAGGAAUUAAUCCUGCAGCUCUCAACCCAGGUUAGGUGAAUGGGUACUUGGCAGGAUUAAUUCCUUGAAUGCACAAGCGAGCUGCUCCAGUGCUCUUGCAUUCAAGGAAUUAAUCCUGCCAAGUACCCAUUCACCUCACCCAGGUUGAGUGCUGCUGCAUUGUAUAUGUGCACAAUGAAAAUCGGGCCAUUCUCAAAAUAUAUAUAUGGACAUGCAUCCAUUAUAGCGCAGUCUAGAUCUGCCAAUGAAAUGAAUGUACUUAAUCAUAUAGGAAUUGAGAUUUAGGAGUUGAUCAAUUUGGUUUGAUAUCAAGAGAUUAUCACACAUGUAUGAUUGUAGCACAGUAUAAGAAGUUAGGAUAAGCUGUUAACUGCUGCAAGGGUGUUAUGAAAGCUAAUUAUGAGAUCAAUUUAUGCUUAGUAGUGAUGUCAUUAUUCUAACAAUAUGUAAUUCGGAUCUUAACAGGGUAUCUCAGUGUAAAAUUUUAUUGUUGAAAUUAUAUUCAUAGAUAUGUUGAUAUUUAAAACCUUUUUAUAAAAAAACAUUAUUUUGUAAUUUAUAAUGUGUGAUUAUUAGGAGGGAAGUUUAUUUCAAUAUACAGUGGAUACUGGAAAACUAAAGCACAAUUCUACUCAAAACUGAUAACGCUGUUACAUCUAGUUUUAAUUUUCAAUUCUGCAUUUGAUUUUGCUUUGUCUUUUAUCUUAUAAGGGGAUGAAUAAGUUACCCAUGAGAUAAUUUUAAAUAUGCAGAUACUCUUAGUGUGAUAUUGGUAUUAUCUUCUGAAAUUUUACUAAUUUUGUGUAAUUAUUUCAAGUCAUGAUAUUGAUUUUAAUGGGGAUUUCAAAGACAUUUGAAUUAUGAGAAACAUGAAAGCUUGAAGGGGCAGUACACUAAUAAUGCUGUAGAAAGUAGAAGAUAUUGUUUUUUAAACUGUAUGACAGAUAAUAUAUGGUCAAAAGUGUAAUAUAAAGAUAUUAACUUAAUAAACAAAGUAUUUACUAAAGAUUUGAGAAUCUGUGAAGUUUGUUUUGUCUUUGAAAUAUAUUGUAAUGAAACAUAAGCAGCAGUUACUGUAUAAAAAAAAACACCUACAUUUUCUGUUUGAACUGGGGAGCAUUUCAUGUAGAUUGUUGUCAGUGGCUUUCACUGGCAGAUGUUAUAAGCUAGUAGAAAUCCUUGCAUCCGAUUGGCCAAAACCAAAUUAGCCAGUGAAAACCACUGACAAAACUCUUCAUGAAACACUCCCCAGACUGUCAUCAUUUUCAUCAUCCCAAGAAGAUUUUAGCUGACAGAAAAAAACUUCCGAGAUAAAUGUGUUCAAAGGUGUUUUUUUUCUUGGUAACAGCACUUAGCUGCAUAACUGUACAGUUUCAACUGGCUGGUUCAGAUAUUGAAAUACAUCAUUUUUGAAACAUUUCGAUUUUAGCCUCCCUGGACACUUGUGAAAAGUAACAAUGAUGGCUGAGGUAUAUGUACAUGCAUGUGGAUCCGUCUGUGAGGCCACACCAAGGGGGUGGUUUCAUAAAGCGGUUUGUGAAGUCAUGAAUGAAUAUGUUGCAAGUCAAAUGAGAUUUCUUUUUUUUUUCAAACAUUGGCUAACCUUUGGACUUGUAUCAAUUUUACUUUUUAGUAACUUUACCUUUAACUUUUGCCACAUAUGAGAUUAUUUGAAAAUUACAUGUAGCACUACUUCUUGGUAGUUGUCUUAAAUACCUUCAGAUCCCAUACUUAUGGCACUUCAUAUUCUAGUUGCGAAUUGUGCUUUUUUUUUAAAUGUUUUGGAAAAAUCCCUGGUGCUCUAGUGCAAAUAUCAAUAGAUGAAAUGUACCAUUGUGAAUGUUAUCUUUGAUUAUUGCAUUUAGUUCUAGACAAGCAUAUAGGACUAAACAUUUAUAGAACAGGAGCUGAUCCAAGAUUUCACAAGGGGAGGGGGGGCACAGCAAUUAUUUUCGAUAAGCAAAACACAAAAGUGAGGAUCUUGACUCCGUAAGAUGAAUUUCUUGUCCACACUUCCAUAACAGGGGCACUUAUGACAGUCACAAGGAGAUACAACAUACCAUACAGCAAUCUAUAUGUACAAGGUGGUAAAAAAAACAGACAGUAUGCCCCUUGUGCCCCUCCCCAGCUUUUGUGUAACAGCUAUAGAAAAUUUUAUUUUUAAAAAGUCAAUACUCAGAAAUCUACUCCCAUAAUUUAGGAAAGAAACUUAAAUAAUGAACUAUAAGUUAAGAAUGAAGUUAGAAGGCAACAUUUCUCAGUUUUAUCAUUACCCUGCACCUGCAGUGUAAGAACAAAGUAAUAAUAAUAAGAAUUACUGGAUUUAUAAAGUGCUUUUCGGCAGAGGAUACAAAGCGCAACUAAUAUUGUACAUGCUUUAGCAGAAGCUACCACUUCCUCAGCAACACUCAGUGCACUCAAGAAUUCAAUCAAGAAAAUAAUAAUAAAAUAAUUAUAUAAUGGAAACAACCAGAAGAAAUAAGACCUCAAUCAAAUGUAACCUUUACACACGUAUAUGUAGAAGACAACUUACACAGAUAUUUUAUUAAUCUUUAAAAUCCAAAAUUCAUCAACAAAUUUCUUUUUCAAACAGCUCUACACUACAAUGAAUAAAAUAAGUUUUACCUUUACCUACAAUAAUGAUCAAUUAUUAUUCUUAGGGAAUGUAUGAACAGACACGGUCUAUACAAAAUCAGACAAUGCAAGAGUGUGGAGAAAAUUUAUUAAAAACAUGCCAAAUUAUCUAUCCAGUAAUGAAACUAAUUAAAUCAAAAAUAUAUACUUAACGAAAGAAAAAACAGAAAAAUUUGUAUAAGUGUUUGAGAUGGAAUUGAGUUCUUUAAAAUCCACAGGAA